GAUAUCUGACGUCAUAUAUGGAAUCCCUCGGAAAGAUUCCCGGCUGUGUUGGCGAAGUGUAAGGGAAUACGUAGUAAACGUAGAAGGCUACUUUCAAGAUCGUAGUUUUGAAUUAAGACAUUCUUUCAAAGGACACAAAUGUAGCGAUAUGGCCGGAGUUUUUGAUUUGGAGUUACACGAUACCCCCGAGGGGGAGGAGGAGAUUUCUGAUGAUGAAUACUUUGAACCAGACGAUCAGGCGAGUAUAGCUGCAAGGGGAGGCUUUGAUUUGAAUGUCGAUGGCAUGGAAACCUUGGAACUGUCGGAGAACACAGUCAACCCAGGUCAACUGAAGGUCGGGCCCCAGGACUUUGAGCUGCUUAAGGUUCUUGGGAAAGGUGGCUAUGGAAAGGUUUUUCAAGUCCGCAAAAUAUCAAGUAGUGAUAACGGCAAAAUAUUUGCAAUGAAAGUCCUAAAGAAGGCAACUAUUGCAAGAAAUGCCAAAGACACAGCUCAUACCAAAGCAGAGAGGAACAUAUUGGAAGGUGUCAAGCACCCCUUCAUUGUGGACCUUAUUUAUGCAUUUCAAACGGGAGGGAAACUAUACCUUAUUUUAGAGUAUCUCCCUGGAGGAGAGCUCUUCAUGCAACUGGAACGGGAAGGCAUUUUCAUGGAGGACACAGCUUGUUUUUAUUUAUCAGAAAUCACACUAGCAAUAGAACAUCUCCACUCACAAGGAAUUAUAUACAGAGAUCUGAAACCAGAAAAUAUACUUUUAGAUAACUUAGGACACGUGAAAUUGACAGACUUUGGUUUAUGUAAGGAAUCUAUAAAUGGGGGCGCUGUUACACACACAUUCUGCGGGACCAUCGAAUACAUGGCUCCAGAGAUACUGACAAGGAGUGGGCACGGGAAGGCUGUUGAUUGGUGGAGCCUGGGUGCACUCAUGUACGACAUGUUGACAGGGGCGCCUCCAUUUACAGCUGAAAAUAGAAAGAAAACCAUAGAUAAGAUAUUAAAAGCCAAGCUUAGUUUACCUCCAUACCUCACCAAUGAAGCCAGGGGACUUAUCAAAAAGCUGUUGAAGAAGUCCCCGACUGAGAGACUAGGUGGUGGAGCCGAUGAUUCCAAACCUUUGAAGCAUCAUGCAUUCUUUCGCCACAUCGAUUGGAACGAUUUGAUUCAAAGGAAAGUUGAGCCACCAUUUAAGCCAUCUGUGAUGAACGAGGAGGAUGUGAGUCAGUUUGACACCAAAUUUACCAGACAGACACCAGUCGACUCGCCAGAUGACACCGUCCUCAGUGAAAGUGCCAACCAAGUGUUCUUGGGAUUCACUUACGUAGCUCCAUCUGUGUUGGAGGAACUCAACAAACCAUGGAUUGCGGAGAAGGAGCCUCGAUCUCCACGAAAAGUUGGGUCCAGCUGGACUGGUGGCAUGAGCCCUCACCAGGUGUCUUUAGUAGAAGGGUUCCGUGUAGCAUCUGAUGUAAACGGAUUAGAUGAACUUGAAGAUAUGGACACCACUGCACCCGUUGUCACGAAGAGGUCAACGUCUCCAGCCAUAGCAACCAAAAACACAGCCUACAAGCAGGCUGCAUUCCCAGGCAGUCAAAAUCGGCCACCACAUCUACGAAUGAAUUAAUUAAGUUUAAAAAAUAAGGAAUUUUAAUUUGCUUUUUCACCUUAAUGUAUUUAUAUGUUGAACUAUUUUAAUUUACUGUUGAUAUGACCUACACAAAAACUGUGGAGGGGAAAUGUCGCGUCCACAUGUCCGAUUAGUCAAUUCAAAAGAUUACGUCAUCCGUGAAUGUUGAAGCUAAUUUGUAAAGGUUACAUCAUCCGUGAAUGCCAUAGCUGAUUUGUAAAGGUUACAUCAUCCGUGAAUGUUAUAGCUGAUUUAUAUAUUUUUUUGUUUGGAUAUUGCCAGCAUCUUGUGAAUUUUUUUUUUUUUUGGCAAAGAACUGUAUUGAGUUAUGAUGAUAAAAUCUAUGACUUCAUGACGUUUCCUCGUGCAAGAAAUGAAGGUCAUGUGGACAACAUUAUAUUAUAAUGUACCAUGCCAGACAUGUUUGUUAUAGGUAAAGAAUGAGAGUAUAUGUUAAUGUAAUCAAUUUUAUUCCUUUGUUGGGGUUCAAAUCCGCCUCAUAUAUUUUUUUCUGAUUCUAGUUCAUCAUUUUUUGCCAGUAUUUAUUUAAGAUUUGUACAAACAUAUUCUUAGUUUGAGUUGGUGUAAUGUAAUUUUAUCAUAGGUUAACUAAAUGUUACUAUUCUUUGAGCUUUGGGAAUGAGACAAAAUGCUGUUAGCUUAAAGUAUUUUUCAAUUUUCAGUAUACAACAUCUUGAAACAGAUCGUAAUGAGUUCUAAUUAGAAAAAUUAAUAAUGGCUAUGAAAUGAAUUUUAAUUACAAAAUUAAACUAUUGAUAAGUUAUUCAUGAAAAAUUAAUGAAUUUACGCUUUAUACAAUAAAAGUAAUUAUUAAACUUCAGUAUGUUUUUUGCUGAACAAAGAUUUUAAUUAAUUAAUCGUGUAUAAUUCAACUUUCACUUAAAUAACUUUUUUUUCUGAUUUUCAUUUCACAAGUUCAAUAAACAAAGCUAAUUGUAUUGCUAAACCAUGUACAUGUAAAUAGAAUUAAUUUGAACACUCAAAUUAUUGCAAUUUAGAAAAAAAAUGAUUUUGAAAAUUUCUUGUGUAUGUUCACUGAAAGUAUGGUAUAGCUUUUACUAUUCCUUGAUGGAAGCAAGGUAGGGCUUACUUCUACAUGAAGGGGAUGAUAUUUAUUCUGAGAGUAGUGAUAUAUGUAAGAGUUUGAAGUUUUAAAAGUGAUGGCAGAGAGCCAGUGAUAUUAUGAGAGCAAAGGUUAUCGCAAAUUUCUGUUAUUUCUAGAGUGCUGGAUGUGUAACGGUUGGACAAAAUUUUUGUCAGACCGACCGUUCCUUAUUUGGGUUCAUACCAGUUUUCUUAGUAUAGAUCUGCUGUUCUCAUAAUGGAACGCUCCAUACUAGAAGAACUGAAUCUGUUCACCUGUUUGUUUUCUAAAUCAGACCAUUCAAUCCAAGAUGGCCAAACUGUGAUGCUUCAUUCUUGUACAUUUUGUUAAAAACAAGAUGGAGAAUCUCAUUUGCUGGUGAAAUUGUGUAAAUUACAUAAAUAUAAUUAUUAUGAUGGAACUAGCCGGGUUUUAAUUUAACAUCCUUUACCUGAUUGAAAAGCAGUAAAAUUACUUUUGUUUGAAGGGAAUAUUUAGUAGAGACUGCUGCUAUCAUCAGGCAAUGAACUUGAGAUUCAGUUUCGUUCAAUAAUAUGUUGCUGUACCUUUUAAGUACAAUUGGUAUGGACCUGAUAAAGGAACAUAGAGCAUAUUUGUCUAUAUGAAAUGCCAGAUUACCAAAUUACCUCCCCUUACUGGUACUGGGACCGGUACAUCAACAAAAUAUUCACCUUCAGGGACUAUAGGUGACAUCUUGUUUAGCAGAGGCGGUUAUGGGACAUGUACAACUUAGUGAAACCCAAUAUGCUUGUUUUUCUAUUCAUGGCAUUUUCUUUAAGUGGAAUACCGCCCCCCCCCCCCCCCCCCCAUGAAAAAAAGGGUAAAUUGGUCCUUCUGUCUUCUCUAUGGUCAUGCAUACAAAUAACACUUUUAGAGAUCUCCAUUCUAAUUCAACAAACAGUAUUUACUUGCUUACCCUAGAGCUAUAAAAAGAAAUACAAUUAUUUCCAAAAAACAAAGGUGAUUUUGAUAAACAGGUUUCUCUAACAAUGUCCAUUUUCUUUCCUAACAAUACAUUAUGUGUCUGAGGAAAGAUUGUGCAAUGUAAAAGGGAGGUAAUUUGGUAGUGUGUCAUUGUGAAUGUUGUACUUAAUUAUGAAAGCAAGAAAUUGUUUGAAGUACUGAAUGAGUAUCAAUGAAAAAUUUUUUGUUCGUCUUGCAUAAUUAUAUGUGUUGAUAUUCAAUAUAUACAAGCUUGUGUUUAUGUGUCUAAAUAAAACAAUAUUUUGCAGAGAGAGAAACUAUCACUAUUGUUAUCAGAUAUAUUUUCUUUGUGUUAUUUUUGUUGUUAAAAUAACCUCAUCUCCCCUUAUGGAAGAAAUGGACUAAACCAUAAUUGCGAGACAGCACAGCCUAUUAUGCAAACUCAGGGAUGAUGGGUUAUUUGUGGAGAAAAUGAACUAUAUAGUUUUCAUCUUUUAUUGUAUUUGAAAUAAGCAUUGCCAUUUUGUGUGUAUUUUUUUUCUGACAACUAAAUACAUUUUCUCCAAACAAAAAAAGAAUCAUGUGAACAAUUUUAGUUAAACUGUUCUUUUAGAUAUAUUGAAGCAUAUAAAGGCUAUGAAUUGCCAUGCCCGUACCAAUUUGUUUUUAUGUCUGUAAAUAUUUCAUUUUAGCAUGAAUUAGGAAUAUAAUUUAAUUUUUUGUUAGGCACAAUAUCAAGGUCUUAUUUCUGUGUAGGAUUUGCUUCCAUAGACUAUAUCGGUAUCACCUGUUUAUCUGUCAGAAGAUAAGAUAGAAAAUAAGAGUGGUAUAAAUAAUUGAAAAGGCUGGUCAGCUCAAAAAAAGUUCAUUCCAUGGCACAAUAUAUUGAUAAAACUUAAAUAAACAUUUAGUCCAAGUCUGUAAAUCGAAAAAAAAAGGUUUAACAUUCCAAUUGACUUCCAUGCACCGAGAAGUGUUACAUCGUAUAUGUUAGCUACAAGAUACUGUAUCUUUUUCAAGCUGAUUAUACUUCAAAAUGAAAACCUACAAUGUAUUUUAUGGAUAAUUUAUUUGAUUUCCAGAGCAGAAUUAGAGGAUCUUUAGUCUGUUUUUAUUGCAUGUAAGAUUUAUGAAACAAUCCAGAAUGAAAUGAAUAAUAUAUAUGAUCAAUUUCAGAAGUUUAUGUAGAAUAAAUGAUACAAAUGUGAAAGUGUGUUUAUCACAUAACUUAUACUAUUGUAAUUUGGAAACAACAAACUUUUGGUUUGAUUAAAUCUCGAACAAUUUGGCGUACAUACGCUAAGGUGGUCAUUUGUGUGAUGAAGGUCACUCAGCUUGUCAUGUGUGUAAUGAAGGUGACUCAGCUGGUCAUUUGUCUGAUGAAGGUCACUCAGCCGGUCAUUUGUGUGAUGAAGGUCACUCAGCUGGUCAUUUGUCUGAUGAAGGUCACUCAGCUGGUCAUUUGUCUGAUGAAGGUCACUCAGCCGGUCAUUUGUGUGAUGAAGGUCACUCAGCUGGUCAUUUGUGUGAUGAAGGUCACUCAGCCGGUCAUUUGUGUGAUGAAGGUCACUCAGCUGGUCAUUUGUGUGAUGAAGGUGACUCAGCCGGUCAUUUGUGUGAUGAAGGUCACUCAGCUGGUCAUUUGUGUGAUGAAGGUCACUCAGCCGGUCAUUUGUGUGAUGAAGGUCACUCAGCUGGUCAUUUGUGUGAUGAAGGUCACUCAGCCGGUCAUUUGUGUGAUGAAGGUCACUCAGCUGGUCAUUUGUGUGAUGAAGGUGACUCAGCCGGUCAUUUGUGUGAUGAAGGUCACUCAGCUGGUCAUUUGUGUGAUGAAGGUCACUCAGCCGGUCAUUUGUGUGAUGAAGGUCACUCAGCUGGUCAUUUGUGUGAUGAAUGUGACAGUGUGGUCACUGUAACAUUAUAAUAUAAUCCUAUACGAGUUGUGAUGUACCAAAGACCAUUCACAUUUUGGAAACAGCAUUUUGUAAGGCAGAUUUGAAACCGGAAGUGGUGAUAUUCUCACUGUUUUCCCUUUCUUAGAUGGAAUCAUUAUUGAGACAUUGGAAUCCUACAGUCAAUCAUAGCUCUGCUAGUAUGAUCACCAGUGUGUUCAUAAUAAAAUUUGGGUUUGAUUACAUUGAUAACAAAAUGGUUAUGUGAUAAACAAGCUCACUCUCUGUGAUUGAAAGAUUUGUUUUUAUGCACAAAUAAUUGUACAAAAUUUGAUGGUUUGAUAAUAUACCUGACAGCUUAUCUGAUACCGAUAUAGACCUUGAUACCAUGUGGCCGUAACACGUAAGGCAAAGGGUACCACUAAAUUGAUUUCUUAUGUAAAAGAAGAGUUCUACUUUGAGAUAUUUUGAGUAUUCAGAGAUAGUAUAUAUCAAAGUUGAUUUUAUUUAGAGUUACCUCCCCAAUUAUUCUGUUAAUCUUUCAUUUUGAUGAUAUGCAAUUAUAAUUCUUUGAUAGCAAUUUUGAUACAGCAGUAACAUUCUGUUUUUUUUUUUUUAAUUGACUGUAAUUUUGGUAUUUUAAAAUGUAAUAGAUAUAUCUGCACUAGAAAAGCCCUUGAGAAAAAUGUUUCAUGAAUGAUGUCAGUGAGGCAGAUACAUGUAGUAAGAAAUCUUAUUUUGAUGAUACCCUUUCUCUUAACAGUAUUUAUUUGAUAGAAUGUACAGAUGUCAUUAUAAAAUCAUGUGUUUAAAAAAUUGCGUUCAAUUCAUCUGUAUGACCGUUCAAGGUUGUCCACAAUAUUGUUGCCAAUUUUAAAUUUUAUUUAUAAUUAUGAAUUAGAGGAAUUGUGUAUUAUAAAUAAAGCAAUUAUAAUUUUUUUGUUUAGAAAGAAUUGUACAUGUAUAUAUUUAAAAAUGUUUAAUACAAGUUAUGUAGAAUACCAAAUUUAUACCCCCCCCCCCCCCCCCCCCCCCCCCAACAACCUUCACACUGCUUUGUAGAUAUAUGUCUCUUAGUCAUCCAAUGUAAUUCUCCAGGGGUUCUAUGUCUCAUUAAGAGAACAUUUCUUUAAUGAACAGUUGAACAUAUUUUCUGAAUUUCUUAAUUAUUAGUUAUUUUGAUAAUUUUAUCCUGGUGGCUAGUGGCUGGUGGUACGAAUGUCCUGGACACAAUUUCUUUAUAUAGAUAAAAGGACAGAUUUAGUUUUAAUUUUUGAAAUUUAUUUGUACCGUUGCACUUUCAAUAUAAUUUAUAUGAUAAAUGUUGUUUUGUUAUAACAUUUAUGUAAUUAUGUUUUACAUGUACAUGUACAAAAUUACCGUCAAUCAAGGAAAAUAUUAAAACUUCAAACUGCAAAAGUUUUCAUGUUUAAUCCAGUUUAAAAAAAACAAUAUAAUCAAGACAAGCAUUUACGCAUCGCCGGAGACCCACGGUUGAUUGCACUAUGCUACACUUCACUGGGCUAAACUGUGAUAAGUGUAGGGUAGUGAUGUGCAGUCAGUUGUGGGUAUCCGACAAUGGCAUUUAUACUGAAACAAAAACACAUCAAUGUAAAAUUACCAGAUCCAGCAUGCUUCAAAUUCAAUAUUAUUAAUCAUUUGAUCAAAGAAAGACUAAUUGAGUGCAGAUUUGGAUUUUUUCUAGUUGUGAAGAAUGCUCAGUAGUUGUUUUUACCUCAUUUAGAAAAUAUAAAAAAAAAACUUUGUAUCUUUUGAAAAUUUGAAAACUAGUUGGGCAAGUUCAAAUUUGAUUUGUGCAGAACACUUAGAAGUUGUUAGUUCCUAAGUUAGAAAAUUUUAAAAACUUUUUUUUUCUUUUGAUAAUUUGAAAUUUGUUCAAUGGAGAUUUGGUAGAGAUAUAGAAAGAAGAUGCUGUACAAGCUUUAAGAUAGGAAAUUUUAUAUACAGGUAUCUCAUUGAUAAGUUAAUGAACAUGCUGACCAGCCAUAGAAAUGUCUCUGUAUGGGGAUUAUUGAGAUACGACUGGACAGUAGGCAGUCUAAAGGUGCUAGUAUGUUGUCAUAGAUUUAUACAUGUCAAUUAAACAGGCUUUUAAUUGAGAUAUUUAAUCGCAAGAAUUAAUUUUCUAAAAGUAAUUUUUUGAAGUUUUGCUGAAAUUGUAUUCUAUAUCAUCUUACUUCUUGCAAAUUUUUAAUUUUAUGUUGAAAUUGUGUACAGACUACUAUGAACAGUGCUUCAGCUGACCUUUGACCUUUUUGUUUCAGAAGUCAAAAUGAAUCACUUUUACUCAGAAAUCUGAAGGACAAAAAGAUAUAUCAAACCAGCGUUAUGUAAAAUAUAACACAUGUAUACAUAUAUAUUUGCAGAUACCAGUUUUAGCACAUAAUUGUGUUUAAAUAGAUUGGACCAAUGAAUUGAUACACCAUUACUUACUGUAGAAAGCAUAAGAGACAGAUACUACAGUUAGCACAAUCAUAAUUCAGCAGAAUGCUUUCAAUUAAAAAAAAUUCAAAAUAAAUCACCCCAAAAUUUUGAAACCAAAGAGGUGCAAAUCAUUUUGGGUAGUCAAAAACUUGCUUUAAAUAAUAUUCAACCAGUUUCAGCUGAUUUGCUUAAAAAAUACAUGUUUAUAUAUUUAUGCCACUGAGCCAGAAAAUAAAUGAUUAGGUAUAUAUGAAAUUCUAUACUUGUAAUGUCAAACACAAUAUUUAUUUAUACUUACCUAGUAAGGCAAUAUGGAGCUGUUUUCUUGGUUCUCUCUCGUCUGAAUAGUAAUGCAAACUUUAUCGGACAAGUCCAAUUCUCCGUGAUCUUUCGGGGAUAAUAAACUAAUUUAGAAUUGCAUCUGUACAAUAUCCUGUGAUCAAAGACCACCCAAGUCAAGCAUGAUACCAGCGGGUAUGACAGGAAAAGUAAUGAUCCUCAGGAAAUUUCAACAAAUGACGAAACAAUUUCAAAGAAUGAGAAUAGAAUUAUUUGAAUUAUAAUUCUAAUGAUGCAAAAUGUCUUCACAAUUCUUAGAUUAUGUUACUUUAGAAUCAAAUUUAUCCUUUAAAAGAAUAAUUUAACAAUUUGUGAUAUGUUACUUCACAACCAAAUUCUCCUUAAAAUGAUAUGUGAAUAUUUUGUGAUAAGUUCAUAGAAAUGGUGAAACAUACAAUAUAGGCACUUGGUGUAGUCCUGAAUUAUAGUGGAAAAUUGUCAUCUUGGUAAAAUCAAAAUGCUCCUAUCUGUUCCUUAUUUUGAUUAUUUUUGAUUUCAUAAACACUUUAAGAAAUACAUAUAUGUAGCUUUCACAGGAAGAAAUACAUAUGUAGCCUUCACAGGAAGAAAUACAUAUGUAACUUUCACAGUGAAAAAAUACAUAUGUAACUUUCACAGUGAAGAAAUACAUGUACAUAUGUAGCUUUCACAGGCACUCUUCAUGCUUGUAUAGUCCACUGCAGUUCUUCUUAAAGACCAUUGUAGGCAAAUCUGAUAGGUAAGGAAAGCUUUGUUUAUUGUGAUAACAUAGAUAUGCUUACAUCUGGUCAACAGUUAUGCAAAAAACUACCCACUAUAAGUGGAAUUGUAUAAAACAAUUUUGCUGUUCAGAAAUUAAUAUAUCCCUGUUAAUCAGAAAACUCCAUUUGAACAUUCAAAGUUUACGCUUGCUUGCAGGAGACCAAUCUGUUACUACCAGAAAUGGAUUUAUUUAUCUCUAUUUUAAUUUUUUAUCGAGUCAUGGCACCUUGUGUCAAGAUUUGCUUUUAUAUAUGCAGUACAGGUAAUGUUAAUGUGCCAUCCUGAAACAAGACGGAUAUUUAUUUGACAUGGAAUAACAAGAUAUUGAAAAAGAUUGGAAAAAUAAUUAUGAUAUUAAAUCAUGCAGAAAGUACACAGUA